CAGCGGGCGCAUGAGAAUGACGUUUCAUGCAAACAAAGCCGUUCCUGUAACCGCGGUGUCGUGCAGUCGAGUCGAGUAGCUUCUAAAAUUGUUUCAGAUUUUUAUUCUCUGUUUAAGUCAGCAGAAAGAUCCAGGAUGAGUAAGAAAAACCAGGUGUCAUGGGUGAAGCCCACCGAGCCAUCCUUUCUCCGGAAAUUUAAGAACGAUAUUGGCUACAAAGAGGGACCAACUAUCGAUACUAAGAGACAGGAGGUGCCGGCGGUGGCUGAUGACAGCGGAGACAGUGACCGUGAGGAUGAACGGCCACAGGUGGUUGUCCUCAAGACGGGCGAUCUGACAGCUGAAGAGGUCAUGAAGGUUAAAGGGGAACUCAAAGGAGAAGCUGAGGGCGACGCUCCUGCAGACGGCAAGAUCGUGUUCAGGAAGCCAGUGAAACGCAGCUCCGGAACCUUCCAGGGCAUCACAGCCAGCUCCAGCAAGAAGAAGAAGGAAGUGGAAAAGAAGAGGGAGAACCCGCAGAGAAAAGUGAAAAACAGCAGUCUGCUUUCUUUCGGAGAGGAUGAGGAGGAAGACUGACUUGCACUGUGCGACCUCCGCGCUCAGACUGGGCUGUCUGAGAGGUGUCCCGUGGCAGACUGGGGAGCAGUUUAAAAUCGACGGCAACUCCAGCAGUUCCUCACCUGUCUUCCUGUGCUCGUUCUGUGGGACACUCUGAAGUAUUGGAAGUCUCAUUUCUUGUUGUCCCCCCCCUGACUUUCAUGUUAGCCAAGCUGUCAGAAAAUUAAUCCAGUUAUCUCAUUGCUUGGACAAUUUUAGCUCUUCCUCACAUUUUAUAGAAACUGCGACCUGUACAGUGUAGAAUUGGCAAAUGAUAAAGAAAUAUCGGAUCUAAGCACAGAAAUAACUGGAAGUCUGAAUGUGGCCUUUGUAUUUCAAGAUGCUUGUCAUGGCCUGCUAUGGAGACAGAAUACCUGAUAGCUGGCAAUUACAAAUUGGUGUAUGUGAAAUAUUUUUUUGGGCCACUAUACAUUUAAAAAACUGAAACAAAAUGUGAUGUUCUAUUACCAAACGUUAUCACGGUUGAACUGAACAUUUUGUGGUGUGUCAGUAAUACUUAAAAUCUCAGUAAUUCUAAACCUGUGUCACCUUGGAGCCCCUAAUAUUAGAUUUCUUGUGUCAGAAGGUAAUCAAUACAAAUCCAAUGCCCUUUACUUCCAAGCACUGAAGUAAAUAACUCCAAUCUGUUCUCCCCUUCCAGCCAGCUCCGUAUGAAAUGUCAUGCUGCGUUUGUGUUCGGCAUUUUGACGAGAUGGAGUUGUAAAGGUUCAUUAUUUUAAAAUGUGAUGUUACAAAAAUAAUUGUACUUUCAUCCAAAAAAGGGAGUUUUUUUAUCCUGAUCAGAAUUACUUUCUAGGAACGCUGAACAUCGUGGGUGCAGAGGAAGGUCCCAUCUGGAGAACUGUAAAGAGCAAGAAAUGUACGUGUGAGGACAGGACAGCUUGGUCUGGCUGCUGUGAGACAUGCUGUAACAGAAGAGGAGACAGAGCACAUUUAUCUGUGACAUUUUUCGGUACUCUUGUGGGAACUGGUAAGGAUAACCCUUCCUGUUCAGCUUGAUUCCUGUUCAGUUAACUGAUUUUAUUCAUGUAAAUCCUUUCCAAGGCUAAUUAAGCAUAUUAACCUGGGAGGUUGCAAUACUGGGGAAUCAUCCAGAUCUCCCGUCUUCAUAUCUCGGAUAUUUAACACACAGCCCUCCUAAUCUGGGUCUAUUCCAAGACAUUUUAAAAUAUUUAGUUAAGCGUCUGGAUCUAAAUUAAUCAGGAAAUCCUAGUUUCUCCAAAGGCAUCGGGACAGGCACAUGCAGUAUCACUUGACGGUCAUGUUUGAGGUCUUCAUAGUUCUGAAGAUGUACCUUUUUUACCUUAUGAACAUUAUAUAAAGAAUACAAUUUAAUAUUAAUAUUCAUUGGAUGUAAAUACCUUAUGUAAAGCUUCUACAAAGCAGCUGAGUAAAUGUUUAAGUAGUUAUUGCAAAAGGUUACAAUAUGUGCAAUGUGUCUAAUGUGUUAUUCGGUGCUGUGGUACCAUCAAUAAACUGAUUUUAAUUAAAAAAA